CCUGGUCCUGUUGAUAAAACACACCAAAUGCUGGAAGUAAUUUUGAAAAAAAUGGAGGACAAGUUCUCCCUGGUUGAUCAGAAUAUGAAGUUAAUGCAAGAAAGGCAAACAGCCCAGGAUACCUUGUUGAGUAAUUUGCAGGCCCAAAUUAACAACAGGUUACCUGCUCAACCAUUUCCUGCUCCUAAGGAAAAUGUGAGUGUUGUUGUCCUUAGGAAUAACAAAGUUCUUCCUGAACCUUCCUUAGGGAAUGUUAGAAGGGAUCAGGAAAUUAUGGAAAAGGAACUUGACUCACAGAAAAUCCAAGGCCCUGGAUUGGUCAACAAUAAAUCUGUUUUGACUCCUGACACUCCUAGGGCAAUUUACAAACCUCAGCCACCUUUCCCCAGUAAAUAUCAGAGUCAAAGGAAGAACAGUAAAGAACCAGAUGAUGAAAUAUUUGAAAUGUUUAAAAAGGUUCAAGUGAACAUUCCUCUUUUAAAUGCAAUAAAAAAUGUUCCAAAAUAUGCAAAAUUUUUGAAAGAGAUGUGCACUAAUAAAAGAAGGCUGAAAGGGGAUGAGAGGGUGAACAUUAGUGAAAAUGUAUCUGCAAUCUUUCAAAAGAAACUUCCACAGAAAUGUCAGGAUCCUGGUGUGUUUUCUGUGCCUUGUAAGAUUGGGAAUUUGGAGAAUACCAAGGCUUUACUUGAUUUAGGAGCAUCCAUCAAUGUCAUGCCUAGGGAGUUAUUUGACCAGUUGGGGGUAGGAGAACUAAAAGAGACUGGGGUAGUUAUUCAACUUGCUGACAGGAGUUUGACUUACCCUGAAGGGGUGGUUGAGGAUGUUUUAGUCCAGGCAUGCCACAAUCUGAGAAAUGUAAACUCAAAGCUCAGUCAAGCAUUGAACAGGGAAGCUGGUUCCCUUAUGGAACCAGUGAUGAACCUCUGUCCCCUACUUCCUGUAGUUCAAGGAAAGUGGGGGAGGAAAGCAGCUCCUUCUGUUCAAUUCACGGCGGAUGAAGAAGAGGUACUCGCCGGAAAACUUUGCAGAGCACUGAUCGGAAGAUCCAGCUCCAGGAUCUCAAUAAAAGACAUUGAAGCUUUCCUUAUUAAGGGUAACUUCAAGGAAUUCAAACUCAGGAGGCUUUCUUCAAAUGAGCUUCUCUUCCUCUUUAAGAGGGACAAAGAUUAUCUUAGAUGGUUUCACAGGCGUCACUGGAUCAUUUCCUCCUCCAGGAUCACAAUCUGCAAAUGGUCUCCCGACCACUCUCCUCUGUUCGAUUCUCCAGUUAUCCCGGUUUGGGUUGAAGUUGAUCAAAUUCCCCUUCAUCUUCAGGACCAUGGUCCUCUCUUCUCCAUUGCGUCCACUUUGGGGAAACCACUGAAACUCAGUGCCAAGACUGCAAUGGGUAUUAACCCGGUGAAGGCCAGCUGCGUUGAGAUGGACGUUUCUCAUGCCAAGCCUUCUAAGAUGCAUGUCCGGCUCGGCUAUAAAGAUCUGUGGCUUCCAUUCAGGUUUGAAGAACACCCUCCCUUCUGUAGCCAUUGCAAACGCUUUGGUCACCUAACCUCACGUUGCCUGCUAUCGCACCCCUCCAGCAAAGCUCCGGUGGGUGGGGUGGGCCAUAAUGGAGCAGAUAAAUUUGAAUGGAAAUUGGUAACAACAAGAAGACAAAAGGCCAGCAAAAAUUCAAAACCCCAGAACCUUUCCAUCACCUCCAAGCCAAGACCUUUGCCCCACAACUCCACUAUCACCAACAUCCAACAGCUAAAAUCCAAACUUCCUUCUUGCCUUUCACUUCCAAACAGCAAGGCCAAUCCUCCUCCACUACUCCCUGCAGCCCUCCUGGAAGCUGUUCAUCUUAUUGACAAGAAAGUCUUUGGGGGAAACCUAAUACUCAAGUUGGACAUGGCUAAAGCUUUUGAUAGAAUUGAUUGGGUAUACCUUGAGGGAAUCCUAACAGCCUUUGGGUUCAACCCCCAUUCAAUAUCCCUCCUCAUGGCUAAUCUCAAAGGCACUAAUUUUAGUAUCCUUAUCAAUGGAGAACCUACAGGUUACUUCAAGAUGGAGAGGGGAGUCAAGCAGGGUGACCCCCUCUCUCUUCUACUCUUCAUCAUUGUUGUAGAAGACUUCAGCAGGCUUCUCAAUCACCAGAUGAACUCACUAAUUCUUAUCAGAUUCAAUGCAGGCCAGGUCCCCUUUCCCUCUCAUCUUAUUUAUGCUAAUGAUCUGAUGAUUUUUACUAGGGGGCAGAAAAGAAAUUUGAUCAAGCUCAAAGAUACUUUGGAGCUAUAUCUUAAAGCUUCUGGACAGCAGAUCAACAUACAAAAGAGCAAAUUUUACACCUCCAAGAAGACAACCAAUACUCAAGCCCAAAACAUGGAGAAAGCACAAGGCAUCAGGAGAGGAAACUUGCCCUUCACCUACCUUGGAGCUACCAUCUUCUGGGGUGCUCCCUUUGUCUCCAAAACACUGACUCCUUGGAUCAUACACUCCUCCACUGCCCCAUGGCCACCAUGGUUUGGAACCACCUUUCCAACUUAUGCAAUGGACCUAAAGUCAAGGAGCAAACCACCCUACGCCAACACCUACUUGCAUGGUGGUUUGGUAGCAAUACUAAACACUUCAAAGGCAAUCUUCUUCUCAUUCUACCUGGCAUUUGCAGCUGGUCUUUGUGUAAAUCACGUAACUCUCACCUCCAUCAAUGACUCACUCCUUCGGCACAGGGCAUCCUCCAAAUGUACUUCAAAAUCCUUCAAGCUUGGUGUUGGGUUAACAAGGAUAAAAAAUGGAUGGUUGAGGCAACCCUUCACAAGUGUUGUGGCCCAUGAAAGGCCCAUGAGCCUAGUUUCCAGUUCUCCGUCCACCACACUGGCUGUUUCCCGGAGUUUGCAAGUCUUGCCGCCAAGGAAACGACCCUCUGCUGAACGUAGGAUUGCUCCUCCCACCAUGAUUCCAUUUCUAACAGCCACGUCCGUGUUAAGCGUGACUCCAGUGGCCUUCCAUUUGAAGGUUUGAAUUGUUGGCGCUGGGUUAAUGAGAUGUUCGAAGAGCUCAUAGGUGAUGAUGCCUGGGAUAAUCUUCCUGUGCUCAUUGGUGUGAUGUUCCCUGCUUCUCCACCAAGUCAUCAGGUCAGAUGUUGAUUGUGCCACAUGAUCCAAAUUCUAUUGCUGGAGCUAGAAAUGG